AUGCGUUUUCUUUUCUCCUUCUGCUUCACUUUUUUAGCUCUGAACAUCGUUUUCGUCCGUUCUUGCCCGAUCCAGUGCAGCUGCUUCUUCCACAAGUUGAGCGAUGGGUCCAAGGCCAGGAGCGUGCUUUGCAACGAUCCUGAAAUCUCCGUCAUCCCUUCCAACUUCCCGUCGGACACCUCCAAACUCCGCAUCGAAAAAACCGCCAUAACCCGAAUCUCCAGCGAUAACUUCCACUACCUGAACAGCCUGGAGUUUCUGUGGAUGUCCUUCAACUCCCUGUCCUCUUUGAACCAGGACAGUUUCCGAGGACUGAACAAUUUAAAUGAGCUGAGACUGGACGGGAACGUUCUCACAAGUUUCCCGUGGGAAUCUCUGAAUAAUAUGCCAAAUUUGAGACUUUUAGAUCUGCACAACAACAAGAUGAACUCCAUCCCGGCCGAAGCGAUUGGAUACAUAAAGAACAUCACGUACCUGGAUUUGUCGAGUAAUAAUUUGGGGACUGUUCCUGGGAAUGUUUUGGCGAUGUGGCUCACGGUGAAACCAGCGCAAGAAACAGAGUCCAAACUUAUUCUAGGUCUCCAUGACAACCCCUGGACGUGCGACUGCCGUCUGUUUGACCUGGUGCAGUUCCAGAAGUCUCCGUCCUCCUCGGUGGCGCUCAUAGACACCAGGCUGAAGUGCAGUUCCCCAGACAGCCUGGCGGGGGUGCUGUUCUCGGAGGCGGAGCUGCAGAGGUGCCAGGGCCCAAAGGUGCACACGGCCGUGGCCAGGGUCAGGAGCUCUCUGGGCAACAACGUCCUGCUCCGGUGUGGGACCAUCGGCGUUCCCAUCCCUGAACUGAGCUGGAGCCGAGCCGACGGGAAGAAGGUCAACGGGACAAUUCAACAGGAAAUCUCCAAAGAGGGAAUCAUCUGGUCCAUCCUGAGCGUUCCUGCUGUUUCCUACAAAGACUCGGGGAAGUACAUCUGCAAAGCCACAAACUUCGUGGGAACAGCGGACGCCAUCAUCUCCCUCGUCAUCACCGACACCUUCCGCUCCGAGGAGAUGGGCGGAGCCUCCAAACGCAACCGCGGCGGACGCAAGAACGGGAUCGGACGAGCCGCCUACCAAGAAAAACUCAUCGCCCGAUACGUCCCGCCCCCGACCGCCGCGCCCAACCAACCCGUCAUCGAACCGCUCAACAAAAACGCCGUCACCGGGAAGUACGAAAUCGAAAGUUACAGCGUUUCCGAAGACGCUAAAAGCACGCCGUCGGAUAAAGAUGCUUUGAGUAACAUUGCCGCAAACGCAUCUUCGCUCCAAGCUCCGGAAAAACGCAUCGUACGAUCAGUUAAAGUCAUUGGCGACACCGACCACACCGUGUCUUUAAAUUGGCGCGCGCCUACUGCUACAAACACGACCGAGUUUAGCGUUCUGUAUGCGAUUUUUGGCGAAAGAGACAUGCGAAGGAUUAACGUCGGCGCGGGAAAGAAUCGGAUAACUAUCGACGGACUUGUACCGAAAACGAAAUACAUCGCUUGCAUUUGCGUGAAAGGGUUAAUCCCGAAAAAGGAGCAAUGCGUAAUAUUUUCGACGGACGAAGCCGCGAGCGCUAGUGGCACCCAGAAGCUCAUCAACGUCGUCGUGAUCACGGUCGCCUGCGUGAUCGCCGUGCCGUUAACGUUAAUCGUCUGCUGUGGAGCGUUGAAGAAAAGGUGUCAGAAGUUAUUGGGAAGAGAAUCCAAAGAUAUUCAGGAUUCCUACGUGACGUUUGAGACUCUGGGACCAGCGGGAAAGGGGAAAACCGGACUGGAAACCGAUUUUUUGACGCGUCUGGAUGAGUCGAAUCGUCUGCUUUCGGCGAGGUCCAGCGUGGAUUCGGAGGCGACGGCCCGAACGGAGGGACCGCCCAACGAGUACUUCUGCUGA